AUGUCAUUGGUUUUCGUUGAAGCAAUACCAUAUGAUUCAAUAUCGUCAUUACUACGAAAAGUUGCUUAUGGCCUGGCUACAACUUGUGUAUUGGGUACUGCUGUUUAUAUUGGAUAUAGUGUAGCUUCACCCGAUAAUCACUCUUCGAAACGAUAUCGAAAUCCAGAACUUAAUGAUGAAAUUGAAAAAGUAGUUUCUUCAUUGAAAUUAAACUAUGAACAAUUAAAACACAUUAUGCAUUGCUUAGAAGAAGAAAUGAAUGCGGGUCUUUCAUCUGAAACACAUAAACAAGCAACUGUUAAAAUGUUUCCAUCAUUUGUGCGACACAUUCCAGAUGGUACAGAACGAGGUCAAGUACUUGCACUUGAUUUGGGUGGAACAAAUUUUCGUGUUCUUUCAAUUAAAUUACGCAGAAAUUCUCAUAUUGAAUUAACAUCGAAAAUCUUUCUCGUGCCACAAUCUGUUAUGAUUGGAGAUGGAAAACGUUUAUUUCGGCAUCUAGCAGAAUGUUUAGCAGAAUUUAUGGAAAAAGAACAUUUAUCACAGUCAGGAAUCUGUUAUCCCUUAGGUUUUACAUUCUCAUUUCCUUGCAAACAGGAAAGUCUUGCAUCAGCUCGACUAACAACAUGGACAAAAGGUUUUAGUUGCGCCGGUGUUAUUAACGAAGAUGUUGUUAAGCUUUUGCAAGAUGCUAUUGAUGAAAAAGGUAUUAAUGUAAAAUGUGCAGCUCUCGUAAACGAUACAAUUGGGACAUUAAUGGCAUGUGCAUAUAAAGAACCAGCGACAUCUAUCGGUCUUAUAUUAGGUACCGGAACAAAUGCAUGUUAUAUUGAAGAUUUAGAUAAAGUUGGCACUUGGAAUGGGGAUCAUGAUGAACCCAAACAAGUUAUUAUUAAUAUGGAAUGGGGUGCAUUUGGUGAUAACGGUUGUUUAAAUCAUAUACGAACAAAAUAUGACGAAGAAGUCGAUCUUUCAUCAAUUAAUCCUGGACAACAAACUUUUGAAAAAAUGAUUUCAGGAAUGUAUAUGGGUGAAAUAGUAAGACUUAUUAUUCUUGAUUUACUUCAACGAGAAUUACUUUUUCUUGGCCAUCGUGAUACAUAUGGCGAUUAUAAGACUCCAAUCUAUAAUCGUGGUGGAUUUUAUACAAAAUUUGUUUCAACAGUCGAAACUGAUGAAGGAAUUAAAUUUUCCAAUACACGUCGAGUACUUGAAGAUAUUGGUAUUCGAAAUCCAACAUUUGACGAUUGUGUUAUUGUUCAACAUAUUUGCCGGCAAGUAUCAAAACGAGCGGCACGUUUAGCUGGCGCCGGUUUGGCUGUAUUGAUCAAUCGCAUGGGAAAACCGACUGUUACUAUAGGUGUUGAUGGGUCACUCUAUCGAUAUCAUCCAAGAUUUAAACGAAAUAUGGAACGAUCUAUGGAAGGUUUAGUUAAUAAAGAUCUUAAAUUCAAAUUUGCUUUGUCCGAUGAUGGUAGUGGCAAAGGUGCAGCUUUGGUUGCUUGUGUUGCUGCUCACAAUGCUCCAGAAGUGUUGACUAAGCACACUCGAGAAAUAAUUAAUGAUAAAACAAGUGAAGAAAAUUCUGAUUGA